GAGGCCAAUCUGCUGAUGUGCUGCCUCAGCGCUAGACUUAUAAGAGGCUUUGGGAGACAGGCUUAGCACUAGGCAUGGAUGCCUUUUUCAACUUUCCCUCUCUCCACUUCUCUCCUGCAAAUUUUGUCUAUUUACUAAACAUCACAAGAUCUAUUUAUCACAGAAAAAACUAAAGGAUGCCAUUACUUUGCCUGUUCACCUGGCUCUCUCUCCGUCUUCUACCUCCUAAUGUGGAUAAACCUUUGAAGAGUCUUUAGCUCUGUAAAACAUCAGCUUUGAGCACUGUGGGUGCAUGAGCUGUGCAGCAAAGGAAAUAAAGAGCAGGAAAAGAAAAAACCGAGAUGAACCCAACUGACGAUUGGCAGGAGCAAUAUCCCCUCAACUUUUUGUCUCAGGGCUGCUAAACAUAAAAUACAUCUCUUUCCCAUUCCGAGACCCUCACAGGACUUCCAAAGUACCCCUCAGAGGGGUGAUGCCAGUGUUGCUUAAUGCCGACGCCUCUUUUAGCUCCAGGCAGGAGCUCCUGGACCUUCAGGACUGUCCACUCAAUGGGGGCCGCUCUUUGGACACCCCUAGUCCCGUGGACUCCCAGACAGGAAGCCCUAUCGGGUCUGGUCCUAGAAGCCCUGGCGGGCCAGGAGCUGAUGACCUCACUGGAGCCCUUAUUUUCACAAGGGCAUCGAUGCUGCCGGGGCAGUUAUAUGGAGAGAGCAGUCAGCCUGACACAGAGGUUCCUUCAGGGUCGACACUACAGCCCAAUGACUCUGAUCAACUGUGCGGUUGGGGGGCUCUGAAGCCUAAAAUCAUCCAAGUGUUCAACACCCCUCGUUGGGUGCUGUUCUUUCUUUGUGUGGCCUCUUUUCUCCAGGGAAUGAUAGUCAAUGGCUUGAUCAACACGGUGGUGACCUCCAUCGAGCGACGCUUUGACCUGCCCAGCUAUCAGGCUGGUCUCAUUGCCAGCUCCUAUGACAUUGCUGCCUGUGUCUGCCUGGCCUUUGUCAGUUACUUUGGUGGUACUGGACACAAGCCCCGCUGGCUGGGAUGGGGCGUGCUCAUUAUGGGGCUGGGUUCCUUGGUGUUCAGCUUGCCUCAUUUCACUGCUCCUCCCUACUUGGUCAGCAUGCAGGAGCAAAUAGGAAUGUGUUCUGCCAACAGCACCAGCCAGUGCCAGAACAAGGAGGGAGGAGGACUGUCGAGUUAUCGCUUUGUGUUCAUGCUGGGACAGUUUCUGCACGGUAUCGGCGCCACGCCUCUUUACACAUUAGGGGUCACGUACCUGGAUGAGAAUGUCAGCUCCAACUAUGGACCUGUUUACAUGGGGAUCUUCUACACAGCAGCUGUUGUGGGGCCCGCUGCAGGCUACCUGCUGGGAGGUUACUUCCUCACCAUCUACACAGAGACUCAUCUGGCAACGGAGAUGACUCCAGAAAACCCACACUGGGUUGGGGCUUGGUGGAUUGGCUUCCUGGCAGGAGGAGCAGCUGCUUUACUGGUAGCUUUCCCCAUCCUUGGCUACCCACAACAACUGCCAGGCUCCCAGGAGCAUGUGGCGGGGCGGGUGUCUGAGGCCCACCAGCUGAAAGAUGGAAGCCACAAUACAGCCUCUGACCCUCAGUUUGGAAAAUCAGUCAAAGACAUGCCAAGAUCUGUGCUGCUUCUCUUGAAGAACCCUACUUUCCUCUUCCUGUGUUUAGCGGGAGCCACUGAGGCCACGCUGAUCGCAGGCAUGUCCACCUUUGGACCAAAGUUCUUGGAGUCCCAGUUCAGUCUCAGUGCAUCUGAAGCUGCCACCUUGUUCGGAUACAUGGUGGUACCAGCAGGGGGCGGUGGUACUUUUACAGGCGGCUACAUCGUGAAGAGGCUGAACUUGCGUUGCAGAGGCAUCAUACGCUUCUGCAUGAUGUGUGCUCUGGUCAGUCUGCUCGCCAUCUUCAUCUUCCUCGUCCACUGCCCCAACGUGCCCAUGGCUGGGGUCACGGCCCCUUAUCAGUUGGGGCUGAUGGGGCAGGACCAACUGGACCACUACAAACAUCUGUAUGACAAACCCAAGAAACCGCGACUCAGAAACAGCUCUUCUCUGGACAUGAACCUCACAGUGAGUUGUAAUGCAGCUUGUAACUGUGCCAGAGAAGUGUACAACCCAGUGUGUGGGGCGGACGGGGUGAUGUAUUACUCACCGUGCCACGCCGGCUGCACCUCCAUCAACCACACACAACCGUCCACAGGCAGACAGGUGUACUCUGGGUGUGGCUGUGUGGUGGGGAACGUUUCGUGGGGUGAGGAGGGCUUCGCUCUGACAGGGAAGUGCAGCAGCACCUGCCACCACAUGCCAGUCUUCCUCUCCUUGCUCUUCGUCAUCAUCUGUUUCACCUUUCUCUGUAGCAUCCCAGCUCUCACUGCCACUCUCAGGUGUGUACCAGAUAGUCAGAGAUCGUUUGCUCUUGGCAUCCAGUGGAUAUUGGUGCGCACACUUGGGAGUAUUCCAGGGCCGAUUGCAUUUGGCUCAGUGAUUGAUAUUUCCUGCUUAUUGUGGCAAGACCAGUGCGGUGAUCAAGGCUCCUGCUACAUCUAUCACAACUCAGCCAUGAGUCAGUACACACUUGUUGCUGGAAUCAUCUUCAAGCUUUUGGGUACCAUCUUUUUCCUCAUAGCCAGCGUUCUCUACCAGCCACCUCCGGAGUCUCCUCAAACCAGCUGCGAGAGCACGGACCAGGGAACGGAGCACGCAAGCGACCUGCCAAUCAAAGACCUGCCAGAAGAUGGCGUCAUUAUCAACCUGCAUGCCAGGUUAUGACAUCUUAGACCCUCCAUUCCAAAUACAGAGUCUCUGUUUGUGUGAUAAAAAAAAAAAAUACCCAGGAUGCCUUCACGCACAAAUGCACAUACACCCAGACAGGGUGUGUAGCACUUCUAACAUGCUGCUCUUCUAGAAUGAAAUCGUGCUUUGACUGCAUGUGUUUCUGACAUGUAUGUUUGACUCAGCAAAAGCCUCACAACGUUAUUUCUCUUAACGUUUCAUCUCUAAAAAUAACUCAAAUCUGAUCAGCUAAAUAACUUCAAGUCCAGCUGCGAUGGUGUGUGUAUCAUUUUGACUAUGUCCAGCUUGACACCAUCUUUCAAAGAUCGAUUAGACUCUUCACAGAAACAUUUUGCGGUUUUGAAAGAAUUAAAAAAAAAAGGAAUCUCCUAUUUGUCUGUUGUUUUACAGUGACUGACUGGAAGAUACAAUCGGUCUUCUGAGAACAGAUAAAGCCAUGUUUAAGAUGCUGUAAGAAACCUCAAGGCCAGUGAAAAUGUAGCCAAAUAUUCUUCUUAUCACAAGAAGUAAAGCAGAGUCCUGAACGACCUUUACAUCAGAGGAAGUAUUGAGCCACUAUUAUGCUUUCAACAUUUUAAUGCAAAAUUCAUAUUCUUACCAUUUUCCUAGUUAGCUAACGCAAAAUGUCCCUUUUUGAAGGCUGCUAGACAGUUUAACAAACAAACAAAAAAAAAAUUAGUUCGUAGUGUCUGAUCUUGGAAAUGUCUCUAGAAACUGCGCACAUCUGGAUAUUGACAACUGAUUCCAGUCUUCCUGGCAGAUUCUGCCACACUCUGAUUGAGUUGGUCGGUAACAUAAGAUUCUGUUGAUGAUCUGUUAUGUUUAACUCUGAACUUUUAAUGGACUCUUACUACUCAGGAGCAUUCUUGGACAUGCCUUGUCUCCAGCUCUGUCUUGAGUGUGGAAUCUGUUGAGGCCUCGACACAAAGGAGAUGACAUCACUCCCUCUCCAUUCAUCUCCUAUGGCGCUUAGGGCACCAUUAACUUGCCUUUCUCCUGGCAAGUUAAUGGCAAAAUUUGCUCAUGGGAAUUUUUGAGCUUAUAUGUGUGAACCUGCACACAUGAGCUUGUGACAUGACACAAAAAAGAUAAUAAUGUUCAACUUUUCUUGCAGUCAUCGCUACUGUGUCCCAUGUGUUGGGUUUUGCCACGAGUGGCGGAAACUUUUGUCUUUCGCUGUUGUUUGUCACUCCUCGUGUGUUGAACCAUUACACUACAGUGUCUCUUGUCCCAGCGGUUUAUAUUCGUAGUCUGAGGUAAUUUAGCUUCAAGAAUCUUUACAAAUGAUUAUGACAAUUCUGCCCUCUGCUAUGAACUCUGUGUCCCAAAGGAACCCCAGAGCAAACGUCUGCCAUCACCUUGCUUCAUUCUUGGGAUGAUAACAUCAGGGGAUAUUUGUUGGUUAGGAUCCAUCAGAAGCAAUUGAUGUGUUGUUGAGGCAAAUCAAGGAUCUCAGCUUUCCAUGCUCUUAGGGUGCCUUCAGGGAGAACAGUAAAUUUCAAGGAUGUGAAAAUUCAACUAGAUUGUGGAUGGUCUCGUUAAGAGAGACCAUCCACAAUAUAUGAAAAGGUAUUAAAAACACAGUUUGCUCCCCGUUAUGCAUGAUGGAGUCUGAGUGUUUUCUAAAGGUAUUGGUCAUGCAUAAAACAUUUGAAUCAAGGGAGCCUGGGUAGUGGAGCAUAAAAACAGCUGUGGCAGCGCUGCCAUGUUGGUCUCAUUCAAACUCCAACCUCAUCACAAUGGUAGUGUUACCACAUUAUCUUGUAGCACUUAGCUUAAUGCUAACAGCACAGUUCUACAGAGUCUCUGCUGUUGUGAAGUGAUGCUGUUGGAGUGUGCUCUCCAAGAAGUAGUUCUUGGAGAGCACAGCCGGGUCUUCCUCCAGUGUGAAGGUUUCUGGAAAUCUCCCAACAGGCUGCCAUGUGCCUUUUAAUUCAGUGUGGCUUCAGUCAAACGUUUGUAUCAGUCAUUCUCUUAAAAGAAAUUCGAGUUGUGUAGUUGUGAGCGUUUUUCUUUGUCAGUCUUUGCACUUUCGCUUUUGGAAAUAUUGGAAGAGAUUUUAGUGGUUUUUCAAUGCGAUGACUUCCUUUUUUUGUCCAUGUCUGGCUUCGAGUUUCUUUGCUUAAGUUAAUCUGUGAAAUCUGCUCAAGAGGUCUGUCUCUCGAUAGCAAAUGUAUGUCGAUGUGCACGUCGAUUAUCACCACAGAUGAAUAGCACAAACGCAUUUUCACCUUGAGAAGCACAUGAAUACCUUUGAAAGCUACUGUACAGGAGAUGUUGGAUUCAAAGGUAAUGAUAUUUUGGCUUCUGCUGAUGCAGAAUUAUGACGCCUGUCAUUCAUCAAUGACAUAAAAGUGAACAUGACUGUUUGGACUGCAGAUGCUUUGAAAACAAUCGGGUUCGUAUGCGAUAUGGUUCCACAUAGGGAAGUGGCACAAGUAUAAUUUUUUGUGAGGUAAAAAUAUUUGAACUUUCCAGUUAAGACUGCCUUCAAAAAGUCGGAUGAAAGUCGCAUCUUUGCAAAACAAGCGGAUUCGAUCACAUCUGCCUGCUGUGUUAACAUAUCCUACGUUGCUCUAUUUACCAGUUGACAGUGCUCUUUAGUGCAAUCAUGUUUUAAAAAGAUUGUGCAAUGGUGUGUUGAGAAAUACCAACAGCAAAAAGAUGGAUUUAAACAAGAAAUUCAACAAAAUACUAAUCAAACUUCACCAGAAAUUCCCAAACAUCAAAUUGAUAUUUUGUAACAAUAGCUUAUCGUGAUAAGGUAAUAAAUGUUAGAAUAUAUGUGAUUUAACAAUGAACAGCAUGUCUCAAAACAUGUAUGAAUAGCCUUGCCAAGGCUGGAUGGAAAUACCUAAAUAUGCCUACGGUUUAUUCUUCAGGCUACAAAUAUUUGGAAUCGCCUGCAGCCUGACUAUCUUUGCAUAAUUCUAUGAAUUUAAGCGCUCUGUAUGUGUUUAUGUUAGAUAUGGGACGUUAAUACCACACCUCUGGAUGAAAGGUGGUAACUUUCUGUGAUUAAGUUUAUUUGACAAUGUCCCACUAGAUGGCACUCUUUACCCUAUAGUGGUUCUUUGAUGGAUCUGAAUACAGUGGCAGAUGAAUGUCUGGGCUGAAGAGAAUGAACCCAAAAUCUAACAGGCAUAUUAACAUGCUGGUCGAUGUUAUUUAAAAUAAAAUGAAAACAUGCAUAUAUUUUUUAAAAACUGUCAUCUACAGCUGAUUCCUUUCAGUAAACUGCAUUUAUUUAGAUAUAGGAACUAAAAGGUUAUGGGAAAAAUUUACAUAUUUUUUAAUCUAUAGCCUUAUCUUUUUGGUUCUGUAGCAAGAUGAAGAUUUUUCUAGGCAACAAAUUAAAUAAAACUAAAAUAUUUUCUGAACCCAAAUGAGUAAAAAUUCAGAUUCCUGUGACUUUCUAAAUAAAUGUGUUUAGCCAAACAUAAGACAAUGUCUGAUAAUAGAACAUCUUCACAAUAAUUCAGCUUGAACAUUCAGCAUGUUAAAGUUGCAAGCGAUUUUUUAAAAGUUAUCUGUAGCAAACUGCAAACAUUUGCAUUCAUGUACCUGAACCCAAAUGGAAUGAUGUGACUUUGCUUCAGUGUUUGGCUGUCUAGUUAUUUGAUAUGACACAGCCUCACUCAUUUAAAAACUCAAAAAGAUCACUCUUCAUCAAUAGGUUAAGUGAAACCAAAGUCGAUCAAAUAUAAUACCCAAAAGUAGGCAGGUAGACACAUGAAAAUCCAGUUUGAGUAAUCCCAAGGUAUCCAUCUUUUAGUUCAUAAAGGAAAUUGUUUUGCAUGGUGACUGAAUGAUGUGUUAGACCUGAAAAAGAUUAUUCACAUUGGUAACAUACCGUAAAUUCCACAGUGCAUUUUACAUUUGGACCUAAUUAUUUCAGUACUGUAACUCUCCGAUCGUGCCAAAGCAGCUUUGCAAAUUAACUGUUGUACUUUAUUUUGUAUCAACAUAUUUAUGCAAAUAAUUUAUUCAUGAUAUCUUGCACUUAAAUUUUUAAUCAGCGGUGUAAUUUUAAAAGUACUGAACGUCUUUGCUGUCAUUCUCCUGUUUGUGAUGUCAGAUCCAACCCACUGUGCUGAUCUGUAUCGUUAUGAUGUUCGAUCCUCAUGUUAUGAGUGACCUUCACACAUUUCAACUGAUGGCAAACAAUUAUUUUCACCUACAUCUGUAAAUCAUUUUAUCUGUGCUUUUCUCUGUCUCCUAGCUCAGAAUAACAAAUGUAUAAAACCCUUUUGUUAAACUGCAUAUUAAUUUGGUUUUGUGGAGUAUGUUAUUAAUGGAAGCUGUGAAUUUAAUUUUUUUUAUUGAAUGACUCAAAAAUGUGAACUGUUUUUAUAAUUACAAAAUUUGAACAGCA